UUGAUGUAUAUUCUUUCACUCUCCAGGUUACAGGCAAGGGGCUGGAGAUGCAGCACAGAUUAAGUGAUCUGCUGCUCAGAAGAGGAGCGAUGAACUCCUCAUUCCACCUGCACUUCUUGGAUCUUGGGCUGAACGCCACAGAAGGCAACCUCUCAGGACUGAGUGUGAGGAACGCGUCCUCACCAUGUGAGGACAUGGGCAUCGCGGUGGAGGUGUUCCUGGCCCUGGGCCUCAUCAGCCUGCUGGAGAACAUCCUGGUCAUCGGGGCCAUUGUGAGGAAUCGGAACCUGCACAUCCCCAUGUACUUCUUUGUGGGCAGUUUGGCGGUGGCCGACAUGUUGGUGAGCUUGUCCAACUUCUGGGAGACCAUCACCAUCUACCUGCUCACCAACAAGCACCUGGUGAUGGCCGAUGCCUCCGUGCGGCACCUGGACAACGUGUUCGACUCCAUGAUCUGCAUCUCCGUGGUGGCCUCCAUGUGCAGCCUGCUGGCCAUCGCUGUGGACCGCUAUGUCACCAUCUUCUGCGCCCUGCGCUACCAGCGUAUCAUGACGGGGCGGCGCUCGGGGGCCAUCAUCGCCGGCAUCUGGGCCUUCUGCACCAGCUCUGGCACGGUCUUCAUCGUGUACUACGAGUCCACAUACGUGGUCGUCUGCCUCAUCGCCAUGUUCCUCACCAUGCUGCUCCUCAUGGCGUCUCUGUACACCCACAUGUUCCUUCUGGCUCGAACCCAUGUCCGGCGCAUUGCCGCCCUGCCUGGGCACAGCUCUGUGCGGCAGAGGACUGGCAUGAAGGGCGCCAUCACCCUGGCCAUGCUGCUGGGCGUCUUCAUCAUCUGCUGGGCCCCCUUCUUCCUCCACCUCAUCCUGAUGAUUUCGUGUCCUCAGAACCUCUACUGCUCUUGCUUCAUGUCUCACUUCAACAUGUACCUCAUCCUCAUCAUGUGUAACUCUGUGAUUGACCCUCUGAUAUACGCCUUCCGCAGCCAAGAGAUGCGGAAGACCUUUAAGGAGAUUAUUUGUUUUCAGGGCUUCAGAACACCCUGUAGGUUCCCGAGCAGGUACUAA